AUGACCGCGAUUCAUCAAGAAUCCGACAGUGCAGCCCGCCCUAAACAGCCUCGAUCUCGCGAUGUUGAUGAACGUCAAUUUACCCUGCGAGCGCUGCUCCUGGGCCUGGCGAUCGGUAUACUCAUCGCCUUUUCCAACACAUAUUUCGGUCUGCAGACCGGGUGGAUCUCAGGCAUGGCCAUGCCCAGCGCCCUUAUCGGCUUUGCAUAUUUUAAAGGCCUGAGGGCUCUUGCGUGGAAGCUGGGCGAACCAUUCAAGCAAUGGGGUAUUGGCGACGGCUUCUCAGAAGUGGAAAACGUUCUCGUACAGACGGUUGCUGGCUCCGUAGGCACCAUGCCACUAGGAUGUGGAUUUGUUGGAGUCAUUCCCGCGCUGGAGUUUCUAUUGAAACGCUCGGAGACUCCUCAUAGCGACUCAAAAGAUCCUGAAAUCAUCACAGCUUUAGCAAAUGCGCAGCGACUGGGAGGCCUUAAUCUUCCGCUAGGCAAGCUUAUGUUGUGGGCACUCGGACUGUGCUUUUUCGGGGUUCUCUUCGCUGUCCCUUUGCGCAAAGAGGUCAUCAUUCGUGAGAGGCUGAAGUUUCCCUCUGGCACAGCUACUGCUCUAAUGAUAGGUGUUCUUCACGGAGGUAAAAGGACUGGAGUCGAAGGUAAUAUCGAAGAGUUGGCGGCAUCCUCACCUCGGAAGCUGCAUGAAAACGAAGAUGAAGAAAGCCGCGCACUCAUGAGCGACGAUGCAGCGACGGGCGACGUUGAAUCACGAUGGGAGGACGACGGGGAUGAUCCUGAAUCAAUCGAGGAUCGUCCGAGACCCACAUCCGACGAUUGGAAAACUCAGAUUCGACUCUUAUCAAUCUCCUUCGCCGUCUCAGGUAUAUACACAUUAGGCUCAUACUUCAUUCCACAAGUACACGCUGUGCCGCUCUUUGGCACGUAUCUGUCCAAAGAAUGGCUGUGGAGCCUCAAUCCGAGUCCAGCCUAUAUCGGUCAAGGUAUCAUAAUGGGACCUGCAACCACAAUUCAUAUGCUACUAGGAGCAAUACUCGGAUGGGCGAUCCUAUCACCAUUAUCCAAACACCAAAGAUGGGCUCCUGGACCAGUAGAAGACUGGAAUUCUGGAUCAAAGGGAUGGAUAGUAUGGAUCAGCUUGGCAAUCAUGCUCGCGGAUGCCAUUGUGAGCCUGACAUGGCUCGUCUUGAGGCCUUCAAUAUCGUUUCUGAGGCACAACGGACUGGACACCUUACGAGAGAUCAAAGAAAGAGGAAUUUCAACAUACGUGUCCAUGCUUUUUGCAACUCAAAACGGUCAAGGUCGUGUACAGUCUAGAGCGGAUUCAACAAGCGAAGAGGCAUACGAUGCGCCACACGAGCACCAGAUCGGCUUCAGAACUACGGUGGUUGGUCUACUACUUACGCUGGGCUUCUGCAUAUUUGCAAUACAAUAUUCCUUUGCAGGCAUUAUCGACGUGGGACUGACCAUCCUUGCACUCGUGCUGGCUAUGCUUCUGAGUAUCAUGGGCGUUAGAGCACUGGGAGAGACGGACAUCAACCCCGUCAGUGGCAUCAGCAAGCUCACACAGCUUAUUUUCGCGUUGCUUAUUCCUCCUGGCAAUCCUAAUGCUGUGACGGUCAACCUCAUCGCAGGGGGCAUUAGUGAGGCUGGAGCCCUGCAGGCCGGAGAUCUGCUUCAGGAUCUCAAGACUGGUCAUCUCCUCGGUGCGAGUCCUAAAGCUCAGUUCUGGGGCCAGCUCAUUGGUUCUGCGGUCGGAGCAGUCGCGAGCGCCAUCAUAUACAAGUUAUACACUGCGACAUACUCUAUUCCGGGCGGCAUAUUUCAGGUACCAACGGCCUAUGUCUGGGUAUUCACGGCUCGACUUGUCACUGGGCAGGGAUUACCUCCUCAUACGGCACAAUUCGCCAUUGCUGCCGCUGCUAUAUGGGCGUGUCUGACGGUAUUGAGGAUCUAUGGAAACACACGAAAGGCAUGGUGGACAUCAUACAUUCCCGGAGGUAUUGCCGUUGCUGUGGGCAUGUACAACACGCCAUCAUUCACCCUCGCGCGAACAUUUGGCGGCCUUGUGGUGUGGUACUGGACGACUAUCAGGAAGAGGGAGGGAACGCCAAUGAUUGUGUUAAGUUCAGGCUUAAUUCUGGGCGAAGGUCUUCUUAGCAUUAUUAAUUUGGGACUAGCGAGUGGUGGUGUCCCUCAUCUUUAG